AUGAGAUCGCAAAUCGAUAGUGGGCUGGAUUUUGGCGGUUCGAUAUUUUCACCCAACGUCGGUCCAGACUCCAAUGAGACUGCGUGUGCCAACUGGUUUGUCGUAGCAAGCCACGCCUGCUCAAGACGAAUCUAUAGAGCCCCAAGCGGCUCCUACAAUGGCUCCAGCAAAGCCGCGAAAGUUUUUUGGACCGCCGAGAGUGAUCAGCUAGGUGAAGAGCCAAAGCUGAUUGCUCAGGGCUCCCCAGUUUUUCAACUGAUUGAUCCAAAAAUGGAUAAAGAAGCACAGCAAAAAGCACAAAUAAUUCGAUCUUAUUCAUUAUCUCAACAGCGACAAAACAGUACCCAACGAGCUCGUCCUAUCAGCUUUUUCAAGCCGUAUAUGAAUGAAAGUGAACUGCGGCAGGGUUUGGAGAAGGGAACGAUCAUUCAAGGUGCUAUUCGCAUAAAUCAAAGGAAAUAUGAGGAAGCUUUCAUCAACAAUCCAGAGGGAUCUGAUCAAGCUGACAUAGCAAUUUUGGGCAUGCCAGAUAGAAACAGAGCGCUGCAUGGAGACGUCGUGGCUGUUUGCAUAAGGCCUCGUGCUUUCUGGGUGGUAAAUGAGGAGCUUUACAAGGAGUGGAAGAAGGAGUGUCGUCCAAAAAAUCUGAAAAAAGAAAAUGAAAGCAUGAGCGAGGAGCUCGUGGAGGUACCUGAGUUGCUUAGCGAAAUCAUCUCUGCGGUCUCAGACAUGAACGCAGGUGACUCAGUUGCGGAUGACAUGGUGGUUGCUUCCACAUCUGCAGAAUCUCCCAACGUUCAGCAAACUGCUGGUAGAGAUAAAACUAAGAAAAAGCCAGCUUAUCGUAUCCUGUCUCAGUUGCCUUUGGAUGAGUGGGAUGUACCUGAUUCAUGUUUACAAAAAACUGCUGAGGUGGUAGGAAUCCUUGAAAAGAAGAAUUCCCGCUUAGCAACGGGCAAACUGGAGCUUGCUACAGCGGCUCAGCGGCAGUGGGCUAAGUUUUCUCCAAGCGAUUCGCGUAUACCUCGUAUGAUGAUCGAAGCAUCUCAACUGCCUCACGAUUUUUUCGACAGGCCUCAAGAUUUUGCCAAAUUCUUAUUCGUUGCCAAGAUCGCUGAUUGGCCUGAGAAUUCCGUCAUGGCUUGCGGUAAUUUGGAGAAGCAGUUAGGACUAGCUGGAGACAUCGAUGCUGAAACUGAAGGAUUGCUAAUAACAAAUGAGAUAGACACAAGGGAGUUUUCGGAAGAUGUGGUGGCCUGUUUACCAAGUAUUCCUGAAUCGGGAUGGCAGAUAAGCGAGGAGGAGCUUGGCAAACGUCGAGACCUUCGGGACGAAAUAAUCUUUACGAUAGAUCCAAAAACAGCGCGUGACCUCGAUGAUGCGUUGUCAGUGAUACCUUGUGAUGACGUAAACGGAGCUGGACUGCCUGGCUGGGAGGUAGGUGUACAUAUAGCUGAUGUCAGUUAUUUUGUGCACGAGAACACGGUUCUAGAUGAGUGGGCAUCGCAGCGAGCCAACAGCGUUUAUCUCGUUCAAGAGGUUAUCCCCAUGUUACCUCGUCUUCUUUGCGAAGAGCUGUGUAGUCUCAAUGCAGGCGUGGACAGGCUGACGUUCUCUGUAAUAUUCAAGAUGGACGAAAAUGGAGAUGUGUAUGAUGAAUGGUUCGGGAGGUCUGUGAUCAGGUCGCGAGUUAAGCUGACAUACGAGCAUGCUCAGGACUUCAUAGAGAAUCCUGACAAAGAUUUCAUGGAAAAUGAAAUGCCUGAAAUCUCCGACAGUGUCACAGUGCACCAGAUCAAAGAAAAGGUAUUACAAUUGGAUAGACUAGCAAAAGCUCUUCGAGCUAAGCGCAGACAAUAUGGGUCUUUGCAAUUAGAUCAACCAAAGCUAAAGUUUGCUUUGGAUGAUGACAAUAAAAUGCCCAUAGGAGUCUCAAUAUAUCAGGCAAAGGACUCAAAUCGCCUGGUCGAAGAGUUCAUGCUUCUCGCGAACAUGGCAGUGGCUAGGAAAAUUGAACGCCACUACAGGAAGACUGCUUUGCUGCGAAUGCAUCCUCCACCGAAGGCAAAAGUUCUGAAAGAAUCGGUCACCCUUUGUAACAGCAUAGGCUUUCCUAUAAAUGGCACUUCAUCGCAACAGUUAUCAAGCGCUCUUGCCCCUUUUCGUUCUAACUCGCAGUUGAUGAGGUCUAUCAAUCAAGUUCUCUCUUUGAUAUUGAUGAAAGCCAUGGAGCUUGCAAGAUAUUUUUGUACUGGUUCUGUCAAAAGUCAAAGCGCAUAUCAUCAUUUCGCGCUAAACGUGCCAUUCUACACACAUUUUACAUCGCCAAUCCGUCGUUAUCCGGAUAUAAUCGUGCAUCGGUCGUUAGCUGCAGCUUUGGGUUAUUGUGAGCCCUCCGAACGAAGUGUUGAGCAAAUUCAAAAAAUUGCUGAGCACUGCAAUGACAAGAAACUAAUAGCAAAGAAAGUUAGUGAAUCCAGUGCGGAGCUGUUCUUUGGAGUACUUAUACACAGAGUGGGACCAACGGAAGCAAAAGGAGUUGUUGUAAAUGUCCUGGAUGCUGCCUUUGAUGUUCUGUUGUUCAAAUACGGUGUAAUCAAACGCGUCUAUAUCAAUACGCUUGAAAUGAGGCAAGCACCAUCAAUUCUCGAAAAUCCAAACAGACUUAUACUUUACUGGGAAACUGAAGAUGGAACGUUUGAGCAAUUGAUACAGAUGUGUACAGUUGUUGAAGUUAUUUUGUCCAAGCUGCCAGAGCCAACAAAAUUUCAAGCUGUGAUCAAACCAAGACCCAUAAAAGAUUCGCCCACUCUUAUGCAAAUGUACAUCAAACAACAAUCUAGUGGUGGCGGUUCUGCCGAUCUCAAUUUCGACUCAUUGCUCCUUGAUUAGAGCAACUUUUGAAUCUGUUUUACUUGUGUUCUUUCGCUGGUUUUAUUUCUGACAUUAUGUUUUUUUGUUACAUUGUGUACAGUCUGUGGGAAAAUAUUAUGGAUCAAUCAGUAUUAUGUCGUAAAGGUCUAGCUUAAUUCCAAACUGUACUUAACUGCAGCUGUUCUAGUCUUCAGUUUGUGCAUUUAUGUAUCAUACUUGAUUACUGUGCAAAUAAGUGAUUUCGAUUGGAAUGAGAAAGGGUUGUCUUUUUUUUGGUGAUAUACCUCUCGUGUAUAAAAAAGCACUGUAUCAACUCUAGCAUCCGGAAUGUUUUGAUUAGUUGUUAAUAUUAUAUUGUAGCUGUAGUUGCAGUGUUUUACCAGAGAUAAAGCUGAUUAGCAGC